AUGGAAGUGCUCAAAACAUCCCAAGAAAUAGUGCACGAGGGAUGGCUAAUUAAAUCGCCACCUACUAAACUUUGGCGAGCGAGGUGGAGAAAACGAUGGUUUGCUCUUCGUCAUAGCGGUGAAUUGCCAGGACAAUAUUUUUUAGAAUAUUAUACAGAUAAGAGAUGUCGAAAACUCAAAGGACACAUCGAUCUUGAUCAGUGUGAACAGGUUGAUGCUGGUUUACGAUUUGAAAAUCGUAAACAAAAAUAUCAAUAUAUGUUCAACGUGAAAACACCAAAGAGGAUUUAUUAUUUGGUGGCUGAGAGUGAAUCAGAUAUGAAUAAAUGGUCGCAAGAAUCACCGCCCAUAUCACCUACAAGUACCAUAUCAGGCCCUUACAUUCCCAUCAGUGAAUGUAUUUCCGGUCGACGUUUAAAUGAUACUAGCUCUCUAAGUUCAGCUAUAAGUCAUGGUCCUGAACACUACGACGCUCCUCGAAGACUCGCUCCAUCUCCAUCAAGAUCGCCAAUUACAACAGAUGCAGAAAGUGUUUUCACUGAUGACGAAUGGACAACACCGAUUCCGAGUGUCAAUUGGGAAACUUUUCCCUCUUCUGGCGAUUCAAAACUUCCUCAGAAUUUGAGUGAUCCAAAAAUUUGUUCAUGGAGUGUGAGCAAACGUUUUGGUAAAUUUAAAAUUGUUGAUUCCGCCACACCUACAGCUGAUGAGUCAGUUCGGGCUCCGCCUCGACCACCAAAACCAUCUCACAUGACAUUAGAAAAUAUUGGACAUAAUUAUUUGAACUUAGAUGGUGCUACUGAAAGUUCUAAACCAACAACACCAGCAACACCCGCACCAUCGACACCAGCAACAGCAAUAAUCUCUGAUGAAACAUAUGAUUUUCCGCGCUCUCAUCAAAUAGGUACUCCAAGUAUAACUAGUACUGAUACCUCUACAACCGGGCGGACACCUAGGCAUUGUUAUAGUAAUGCUGCACCAUCUUCUGUUGACGAUCGUAUAUUUAGAUAUGAUUUUAAUGAUGAUGAACCAUCCAGUCCUCGUUCUGAGAGCUCAACCACUGCAACUUAUUCUAAUUUGCCAAGUCCACUAAUAAGAGAUUCUUCGAGUAGUGUAUCAUCAACUGUUGUUCUUCCACCGCCUGUCGUUUACCGAGAAUUAAAACCUGGAAGAAAAACGAGUGAUACAACUUCUAUUAUUAGUAAUGAACCAUCGCCUGGUCCUAAUUUAUCUGCUCCAGAAAUGAGUCCUUCUGAUCAUUUAGCUAGUGAACCACCACGCAUUAAUCGGAAAUUGAAACCCCCGUUAACCAAACUCCCUACUGAGGGACCACUCCAAUUGGCUUCACCACCUGGUAAAAAUAAAUUGCGAGCAGCUCCCAGCCCUACGCCACAUGCUCACGGACACAGUACACGACAUUGUUCGACAUCAGACGAAGAUAACAAUAUUGUCGAUGAUAAAGAGGAGAUUUACUAUUAUCAGGAUAAUAACACUUUUAUACCGGCUUCAAAUCGAAGACUAGUAGUUUUACAAUACUUAGAUCUUGAUUUAGAAGCUUCUGAAAGUUUUGCUUCAUCAACAUUACCGCCGGCUCAAUCGCCGCCUAAUACUACUGUUUAUAAAACUGUGGAUUUUUUGAAAACCGAUGCCUUUAAUCGUACUAGACAACGAGUUGAAGAAGAGAGAAAACGUACUGAUGAAUUAGCUUAA